AUGGCCUGUGUGGGCAGUGCCAUGGAGAACAUGGGUAAGCUCAAGGCCUCUCCUGAGAGCCAGGCCCUCCUCGCCUGCAGGGCAGACCUGGAGAUGGGCCGGUGUCAGGGACUGGGCGGCCACUGCCCUCUGGGUGUUGCCACCACCACUGCUCUUCGCAGAGAUGUGGCUUUUCCACUGGUUUCCGUCCGCUCACUGUUGCCCUGGACCCAGCUUGUCAAGGAACAACUCAGAAGCAUCAGAGAAGAGGACGCAGAAGAGAAGGAGGCUGGAAGGGCCCUGGGCAAGGGCUUCGUGUAUGAGAAGAAGCAGGCAGAAGGCAAUUGCCCUGAGGAUGACAUCAGCCCCCUCAGGCAGCCUGGCGCCGUCCUGCCCCAGUCUCCAGGAGUCCUGCAAGCAGGGGUCUGGGAGCGGGGAGUGCAGGAGAACCGGCACAUCAGCAUCAAGCUCUUCCUCCUCAGGAAGGUAAAGGGCUGGGCAGAGGCCCAGACGCAGCAGCUGGGAGCCCUGCUGAAGGCCAUGUGCCCUGCCCUGCGUGCGCUGACUGGGAGGCGGAGGACGCCCAGCCAGCGACGCCCACCCCACUGCUCAGACCCAGGACCCUGGCGUCCUAGUCCCCCUCCCCUGCCCUCUGUCUCUGUUCACUCCUACCUGGCCCAGCCCGUCACCAACCCCUUUUCCAGUUUCCUGUCUUUGCACUUCCUCCUCUGGCGGCCCAGCUUCGACGCCAUCCUCUACUACUACCAGUCGGGGGGCCGCCUGCGCAGGCCGGUCAGCGUCGCCAUGGACGUGUUUGUGGACGAGAUCCGCUUCUACCAGCUGGGCGACGAGGCCCUGGAGCGCUUCCGGGAGGAUGAAGGCUGCCUCAAGGAGGAAGAGAAGCCUCUGCCCCGAAACGAGUUCCAGCGCCAGGUGUGGCUGCUCUUCGAGUACCCCGAGAGCUCGGGGCCCGCGCGGGGCAUCGCCAUCGUGUCCGUGCUGGUCAUUCUCAUCUCCAUCGUCAUCUUCUGCCUGGAGACGCUGCCCCAGUUCCGAGCAGAGGGCCGCGGGGGAAGCAGCGAGGGGGUGAGCCGCGUGGCCCCGGCCUCCAGAGGCAGCCAGGAGGAAGAGGAGGACGAGGACGACCCCUAUACCUUUCGUCGCGGCCUGGGCCCUGGGGGGGCGGGGACAGGCAGCUCCCCAGCACUCAGUGCCCUCGGGGGCUCCUUCUUCACCGACCCAUUCUUCCUGGUGGAGACGCUCUGCAUUGUGUGGUUCACGUUUGAGCUCCUGGUGCGCUUCUCCGCCUGCCCCAGCAAGCCAGCCUUCUUCCGCAACAUCAUGAACAUCAUCGACUUGGUGGCCAUCUUCCCCUACUUCAUCACGCUGGGCACUGAGCUGGUGCAGCAGCAGGAGCAGCAGUCAGUGAGUGGAGGGGGAGGCCAGAACGGGCAGCAGGCCAUGUCCCUGGCCAUCCUCAGGGUCAUCCGCCUGGUCCGGGUGUUCCGCAUCUUCAAGCUCUCCCGCCACUCCAAGGGGCUGCAGAUCCUGGGCAAGACCCUGCAGGCGUCCAUGCGCGAGCUGGGGCUGCUCAUCUUCUUCCUCUUCAUCGGGGUCAUCCUCUUCUCCAGCGCCGUCUACUUCGCCGAGGCUGAUGACAGCGAUUCGCUCUUCCCCAGCAUCCCGGAUGCCUUCUGGUGGGCUGUGGUCACCAUGACCACUGUGGGCUACGGGGACAUGUACCCCAUGACCGUGGGGGGCAAGAUUGUGGGCUCGCUGUGUGCCAUCGCCGGGGUCCUCACCAUCGCCCUGCCUGUCCCUGUCAUUGUCUCCAACUUCAACUACUUCUACCACCGCGAGACGGAGCAGGAGGAGCAGGGACAGUACACCCACAUCACGUGUGGGCAGCCAGCACCCGACCUGAAGGCUACUGACAAUGGAUUUGGCAAGCCGGACUUCCCUGACGCUGCCCGGGAGCAGAGACCCAGCCACCUGCCCACUCCACACGGGGUGUGUGCAGAGAAGCGGGUCCUCACCGAGGUCUGACCCGUGUAGGCGGGGCCUGCAGGAGCCUUGGUGCUGAGCAGGCUCUCAGGCUUCUCUCUCAUCUCCACAGUUCUCCCUGGACUCCGCCCCACCCUGUACAGGUGUCCAGGACCACACGCCCAGACUGUUGAUCCCUGUAGCACUCAGGGUUGCCCACCCGAGUGACGCUGAGUUCAAUGGUGCCAUCCAGUGAUGUCCACCUUUGGUCACCCGGACGAGAGGUGCACUGUGUCUGCCGCCCCCUCGAGACUUAUUUCUCUUUGCGAGGAUUGGUAGCAUCUCUAGGAAGAGCCAUGUCAGUAGGAUGGAAGCCAGCCACACUGUCUCUCCUAAGCAUGCUUUGCUCUGAGGCAUGCACCUGUCUCACCUUCUGGUGAGAGACCGGGGUCCCUGGCAGAAGCGGGAGGAUGGAGAUGGUACUCACCUUUAUCCUAGUGUCCUGUGACAUCUGCUGAUCAUCCCGCAGAAGAUGCUUGAUGGAGCAUUUCAUUGCACAGCCUCAGUGUGUAUUAGUCUUGGCUGGAACUGCAGAAAAACAGACUUCAGCAGGACCCUUGGAGGAUGUGAGAGUUAGUGUGGGCCAGAAGCCACUGGGCUUUUGCAGGUGUGGACCAGCAUCGGCAGAAGCUGCUUUGGCUGAGACAGUCUUCCCUGCACCCAUCCCUGACUGUCUUUUGAGCUUCCAGGAAGCCUCCUUCUCAGAGCCAGUUACUCUUGGGCUUGUUCCUUCCCAUGCAGAGUGAUUGGAAACAGGAGCCACAGAUCCCAGAGGAGCAGAUGUGUGGGGUCAGGCAACUGGCUGGACCACAGCUGGCAGACAGGUGUCACGGAGCCGGGUUGAUGUCAUUGUGAGGGGCAGCAGAUCUGCCUGCAGGCAAACAGGUUUCCUCUGUGUCUCCCCACUGCCUUGGAGCCCCCACCCUGUUUCUGGGGAGUCCGACUUGGGGUUGCAGCUGAAGUCUUUCUGAAGCAGCCCACCCGAAGUCUGCCAAGUCCAAAGCACAUCUCGCCCUCCAACCCCGGCUUCUUCCCACCCUGCAGACUGUAUGUGGAAGGGGUUAGACUGGAGCAGGACUGCCCUGCCGACGGCCUGUGAGAGGCUCCUGCCACUUGGG